UUCGAGAAGAGCAUGCGCGUCAAGGGCAUGAUCGACGAGCUCGCCGUGAGGGUGCAGACGGAGCCCAACUGGCGCAGCCUGGCUGCACUCCUUAGGAGCGAGUACCGCCUGUGGAAGCUGAACGUCGACACCCCCAUCCGUGUCAACCCGUUCCUGUCGCACUGGGUCGAGGCCAUUCUGCGCCUCAACGCAGCCACGCAGGGCUACCGCCCAAUCCUCGACAACAAGGGUGCCAUCCACGGCGCCAUAUCCGCCCUCGACAUCGCCGCCACACGUCUCGAGAUGCUCAAGGAGCUGCUCAAGUACGGGAGCGAGGCGCUCAUGACGGCCACGCCACAGUCGCUGUUCACGACGCGCUUCCCGCCCAAGCCCUUCGACAUACGCCCCUUCAUACGCAUGCUCGAAGAAGAAGGCAUCUACGAACCCUCGCCCGCCGCCCCACCGCCAAACCUCACCAUCGCCUCGAGAUUCGCACACACCGACACGCCCUCGCCCAGCGCCAGCUCCAUUGACUCCCCCGACAUAGCCAUGGCGCAUCUUCCCAUGAAGCUUCCUCUGCCAGCCCCGGGCACCAAGUGGAAGGAAUUGAUCCUCUUGAACCUAGAGACCCAACCCGCCGUUGCCGUGCACCAGCUCACGCACCUUCCCAUCGCCAUCGCCGCCCUCGACUUCCUCACCACCCUGAUCACUGGCCUGAAGCUCGGCGCAUGUAACCUCAAUCCGAAGUCGCUCGUCCUUUCCUUCGUCCAGCAUGCGCUGCGCAUCAUCGAACACAUUGGCCAGCCCCCAGACCCCACGAGUCCGCCUCCGCCCGAGACCGACAUCGGCAUGCCCACGUUCUUCGGCUACGGCCGCGACGCGCAGGCUAGGGCCAUGCAGCUGCUCUUGCUGUUCGUCAGGAACCUGAUGAACAGAGGCUUUGUCGAUGUUUAUCCCACUGGCGAGUAUACGCUGUACUAUGAUAUCCAGGACAUCUGCACGCAGUACCUGUGGAUCAAGGACGUCAGGGACUUCAAGGCGUGGAUCGAUGAGGGG